AUGCGACCACUGCCAAGGAAAAUUUUGAGAGUUAUUCGCACAGAGGUUGAUGCUGUGGAGCCAGGUCACACAGAUGAACAACAAGAAAAACCUCCACCAAGUCCGUUAACUAAUCAAGUGAUGUCUGAGACUACUACUAUAAUGACAGAACUAACCCAGAGAAGUCAAUCUCAAAAUGAUGAGCUGUCAGAUGGUCAACAGCCAACCAAAUCAACAAAACUCCUUUCGAUACCAUCUUUGAGUGCACAAAAGCAUUCCGACGCCCAUCUGACGGUUAAUUUAGAAACGGGGAAAGCUAUCGGCUCUAAACCCCAGCCACCGCCAGAACCACCUUCUCCUCAGCUAACAGCGUUAGGGCCUCUUGAAUCAAUGGGCAUUCCAGAUGGGGAGUUUCUUUCUGAUAAAACUGAAGCUGAUCAGUGUCUAAUUACAAUCACUGGAGCAUAUAUUAAGGUGGGUCCAUUAACUGAAAUUUUAUGUAUUUCAAAUGGGAGGCAUUUUGAUAGUUAUCAUUAG